CCGUGGCUAGCACCUUCUCUUGACACGUUAUUCGGCCUUGAUAAACACGGCGCUUCUCGCACCCCUUCAAGGCUUACUUGCUGACAAUUUCGCAACUGCAUUCCACCUCCGCGUUCCGCCUUUACUGCGUUUUGUUGGAACUGAACAUUGGCCUAUAGAUUGUAACUGUCAUGGCACCGCUCUAUAAGCCCACAUGCAUUUUCUAUGCCCGUGGAGCAUGUAGAAAUGGCGACUCUUGCGGUUUCGUGCAUGAGAGAGACACAAGCGCACAUGAUCGCUCAAGACCUGUUAUUCCAGUCUGGUCACCUCCUCAGGCCCCGAAUACCAACUCGAGUGUAACUCCCACACGUGAGGCUCAAGGUCGAACGACCGACAAUCUACCUCAGUCUCCCGAUUCUCGUAACACAGUCCUAUGCAGGUUCUUCUCGCAAUCGAGAGGUUGUCAGAAAGACUCUUGUCCAUUCCUUCACGUCACGCAAGGCCCGCAAAGCAUAAGCAUCAACAACGAAGAGCUUGCAUUGAAGGAAUACGAAGAACUUGACGAUCUCAGUUGGACUUUCUAUGGAGCAUCCGUACAGUUCGACGAAUGCGGCCACGUUCUCGAGAUUUCGCUUCCGACAGACUAUUCCGUUGCAUGCGUCACAGGCUUCCCAGCCGGGACUACCUCUGAAACAGUUGUUGAUGCCUUGCACGGAUUAGGGUUCGUUCUAGACACCAGUCAAGUUCGCGUGCCUAGCCAAGAUGUUUUGUCGGAAGUAAGAGCCACGGUGAAAGUGAAGGAUCCAAUGUUCGCUCGAAAUCUGAGUACUACCCUGAAAGAGGGUCAUCAUGGACUCAGUGCAACGUCAAUAGCAACUGCCACAAAAAGGACGGAUGGCAGGAAAGUCUACGUAUCCUGGCACAAAGCUACCCGCAACGUGUGGCUGAAUUUCGGAAUUGAAGAGAUAGCGACCCGUGUUGCGCAGAAGUUCAAUGAAGGUCGAUAUACUUGCCUGGGCCAUCGCAUCAAAUCAUCCACAGCCAAGCACAGUCGGAGCUACAGCAGAUUUGCCCAGAAUCAUGUGCCCUGGACAAUCACUUUGAGUGAUGUUCCUAGGGUAGCGACAGUAGAGCAUAUUAAGCGUGCCAUCACGUCAAGUUACGAUGAGCCUCGACACAUUAAGAUGGGCGCGCUGAAUUACGAAUCAUCUGAUGCAGAAGUCAGCGUUGAAGUACGCUCACGAUUAGAGAGCCACGGGCCACUUGACAACUUCCAACUCGCCUUUACAUCCACGGGCAAACGAGUCAAAGUCACUGCAUGGUUUCAAGAAGAACCAGACGCCAGAUCUGCCCGAUCUCUGGAUGAUGUACGACUUUCUGUCCUGGGAACCGGAAAACUGACUGUCGCACAGGUGUCAUCGGUCAAGGUUAAAGUUCCUACAGUAGUCUACGCCGUCUCCAAGAUCAGUAUCGAGAAAGAGCAAGAGAGCUGGAAAGAGCGCAACUUGAUACUACGUACUUAUCCAGACUCCAAACAACGAUAUAUGCUGUUGAAGGUUGAGAGUGAUAACGCAAAAGAUGUUGUAGUUGCGCGGAGCAAGCUCGAUAAGAUUCUGAGUGGGAAAAUCAUGACCGACGGUGGACGAGCGCUUUGGAGUCCGGCAUUCAGUCUUAAUGGGAACGCGUCAAAAGAGCUGAAAUUUAUUGAGAGAGAACUUAGCAUACUUGUCGUCAGGGACAAGUUAAAGCGCCAGCUUCGCUUUCAUGGAUCUCCAGAGAAAUUGCAGGAAGCAGCUAGCCGGAUUGGAAAUUUGCUCAAACAAGAGACGAUGUUGCAUCACGGCAUCGAUCUCCAGCCGCAUGAUCUCCUAUGGGCAGUUCAAGGCGGUUUCAAGAAGAUCGAACAGCAACUAGGCAAGAAUGUCGCUAUGCUUGAUGUGGUGUCAAAAAAGAUCACUAUCAGUGGUACUAAUGAGCAACUCACACUGGCCUUGAGAAUCAUGCAGGAGAAGAAUGUUUCGAAGGCUGAAAAAUGUCUCGAUGACACUUCCAAGCCAGACGAAGAUUGUCCAAUCUGCUUCUGUGAAGCUGAAGAUGCCAUCAAGACUGCUUGCGGACAUACCUAUUGCCUGGACUGUCUGGAGGCAUACUGCAAAUCUUCUGCAUCAAACACCAAAAAUGUAUUUCGAGUGAAGUGCCAAGGGGCCGGAGGAAACUGCUCUACGAAUUUCACGCUACGCGAAAUGAAAGACCAUGUCUCAUCUUCUACCUUUGACGAAGUUCUUAGAUCGUCUUUUGGAGAGUACAUUCAACGUCGCCCCGAAAAUUUUCGCUGCUGCCCCACUCCAGAAUGCGGCUUUAUCUAUCGGUGCGCUACAGUCUCAGAAGCAGCACUCCCAGGUUACGUUUGCCCAAACUGCUCCGAGCCGCUGUGUACCUCUUGUCACGCGCAGCAUGGAGAUUAUACGUGCGCAGAGUACAAGGAUAUCGCAUCUGGUGGUCUCGAAGCACUUGAGAAGCUCAAGAAGGAACUUAACAUCAAAGAUUGCCCAAAAUGCUCAACGCCAAUGGAAAAGAUUGACGGCUGCAAUCACAUGACUUGCGGAGGUUGCAGGGCGCACAUCUGUUGGGUUUGUAUGUCUGUAUUUGAGAGAAGUGACCUUUGCUAUGAGCACAUGAACAGACAGCAUGGUGGCAUUGGGAUUGGAUUCGGAUUUGAUUAGAGUUGCUGUCAAGACUUCAUCUUUCCGUCGAGAUUGUAGUAAAAGGUCGACAGGACAAAUGUAAUCGACCGCUACCUUGAGAACCGUCACAUGUGGCACGAAUUUACCUUGACCCGAGAAGAAGGUGUUCUAGACUAUAGUCUAGCAACCGCAUACGAUACCCCAAGUAGUACCUCACGGGUUAGCUACUGCACGGAAAACAUCGCUAUGGAGACCUUAGAGUGCGUCACACCUAGUAUAUGAUGCUUUGGGAGCUGCGUUGCGACUCGAACAGAAUAGGUAUAGCGCCACCUCACUCUGUGAAUUGUAAUCCG